GAGAGCGCGAGUGCGAUUCUACGGGGCGCAAAAGGCUCACCGAAGAAGUUUAGCGCGUUUCUCCGCCUCGUCCGCGGGCUUCGCGUCGACGACGCGCUCAUCCAGUGCGACAUGAGUCCAAAGCGAGUGGCGAAGACUGUAGCGAAGGUGCUCCAGAGCGCCAUUGGAAACGCGGUUAACAAUCAAGGGCUCGAUCGCGAGCGACUAGUAGUGUCGUCCGCGACGGUCGGAAAGGGCGAGUACCUGCGACGGGUUUCCAUCCACGGUCGAGGACGCGCAGGCGUCAUGCAUCGCCCGCGCUCGCACGUCAGAGUCACCGUCGAAGAA